UGCCACAAACCCUGCAGCAGAUCGUCAAUGCAUGGUUCAGUUUCAGAUCCCCAGCUGUGAACCUCUAUUUUACAGGAGCUUUAAGUAUAAGCAAGCAUUUUAUGCGCGAGUCCACCUUCGGAAAUUAUACUCAGGAAUAUUUUUUUACGUUUGUGCUUACGUGAAAAAUGCUGAAAAAUGUCUACUCAAGGAGAAGGCAACUGCAUGCGCUCUCUAGCGCGUUUUACAAUCACAUGCUCGGCAUUAGCCAAUGGUAUGGCGCGACUUGGCUCGUCGUAAGCAUCUGCGUUCGUCCAUGUCGGAGCACAUGGUGAGCGUGUGCACUGUGCCGUCAGUCAUAUGGGAAGCCGAACUUGUCAAUCUUCGCAGCGAUCGCAGGCUUCCUAGGGCUCUCGCGCAAAUGAGAACCCAUCUCUUUUUCAUCGACGCGUUCAGCACAUGAUAGUCUUCCGUUGCUUAGAGCGAUAUGGCCCGCAAGAAAGGCGAAACGCUGAAGCCUGCGCCGGUUCAAUCGGCUCAGCAUGUGCUCGACCGGCUCAAUGAUUUUCUAGUAAAGAAUCCCAGCAGCAGCCUUCUUGGAGAGCUCUAUCAGACACUGGUCAGCUCUGAUGGCGUGGAGCAAGUGGCUGCCAUAAAAAAGAUUGAACAAGAGCUCCAGCAGUGCAAGGAUGUGGUCCUGCAGGAACUAACCGUGGAAGUUCUAUCCAAUGUUGUUAUCACGGCCAGCCAUGGGCAACACGUCAAAAAGGCUGCGUUCAGGGUUCUGGGAGCCAGUUUUGCAGCUGCUGCUGUUCUGCCUCAGCUGUCUGCAGCAUUGAAGGACUCUCUCUUUAUGUCAGAUUCGGAUUUGGGCAAGAUUUCACACAAUAUAGAAAACCUUUUGUACUGCUUGUCUGAACCGCUGGGAGUGCGAUCGGUCGAGCGCUGCUUUUCUGAUGUGCUUUUCUAUCUCAAGUCAGUGCUCAACUUAGGCAUUGAUACCAUUGGGACUUGUUGUGGUGACACUCAAGUCGUUGGCGAUUGUUACCAACUCCUCGCCAAAGUGGUUAAAGCAGUGGGGCUCCUUGUGCAGUUUGCCACAGGGCAGCGCAAGAACUACUCGCUAAAACCCUGUGCAGAGACACUCAUCGCUUGGACGGAGGAGAUAUUUCCACCUCUACUCCACCUUCUCAAAUCAGACUCUUCAAUCCUGACUUGCAAGCUGAGUACAGGCACCGUCCUCCCAUUGGUCCUCAGGGUCAGGAACGAUGGCCAGCUUCAGAAGGCAUUUGAUCCGUGGCCCAAGGAUUGGUUUCGGGAGUCACCAUUGGCUGAAAUCUGUUUCCUUAGUGGCCUAGUCUCUGGGCUGAGCGAAGAGGAACUUCUGCAGACAGAUGAAGACAAUCGUACUGUGCUACUACACAUCCUGCUCAAGAGGGCUCUUAUAGUCCACGAGAGGUCUCGAGACUCUGGCUUCCUGCUAACCUGCGUCAAGAGUGUUCUUCAGUUGGUGAACCGCAUAGUGCAAUUGCUCAAGUCACACAAUGAAUACCAUGUUGCCUUCACUAGGAAGCUCCUCUGUGAAAGGCAUACAGCGACAGAGCCACUCCUUCGCUUUGUGUGGUCAUACUGGGAGCACUAUGUUGAUGCUGUAAGCCAACAUGCCAGGCUGAUCUUCAGGGGCAUUGUUGACAUGAACAUACUGCUGGCAUCAAGUGAGCAGGAGGCUCGUGCCUUCUUGGAGGAGUCGGCUGUGUUCCUGAUUGACCUGCCAUGGCACCGCAAGGGCAAGUACGACACGAUCGCCUACCUGGCCGAGGUGAUGGGCUGCUCGGCACUGCUGCGGCUGAGGCCAGCGCUGGUCACUAGCCUCCUGUCAGCUGCUGAGGAACCCACCAUGUGCUCAUAUGUUAAAGACUUAGUGCAGAAAUUAGCCUCCCUGCAUCGGAAGGAAGCCUGCACAGCUGAGUUCGAGCGUGCAUGGCUAGAGCCGUUUUCCUCGGCUACCAAGAACCAUUCCAGAGAGCUGCUUGUACCUUUGUUUCAGCAUGUCUUGCCUGUUCUCACUGCCAUUCACCCUGGGACUACACAAUACGUAUUUGGCAAGCUUUCGGAGGACAGGAGUGAUUUUGUCCCGGCCACCCUGAAGUGUCUGCUGCUUGACAAGGCACUCAUUGAGUCUGGAAACCUGGAGCGAUGGCGUCAUGUCCUUCUUCAAGGGAUGUCCCACAGUGAUGUCCAGGUUCGGCUGGACACCCUUCAACUGCUCACUGAACAUCCCAAGUCGUGCGAGCCCGUGAAACCACUGUGCCUACGGCUGCUGCGCACCUUCCUGCAUCUCAACGUGAACAUGCAGGGAGCACCAUUCAGGCAGCAAAUGAUUUCCUGCAUCAAAAAGGUGUUGAACAGGAUCUUCGACAGCAGCACACUUCUCAAUAGGCAGUUGAGGAGAGGAGAGGUGCCUGAGGAGCAAGCACAGCUCAUUCCCUCGCAGCUGGAAGCGCAUCAGGAGUUUGUGACCUGGCUGCAUGGCGCCUGCAUGGAGCAGCUUUUCCCAGGUGCAAACUUUGGCCGCCGCUUCACGGCACUUGCUGUCCUGGAGGUCCUUGUUGCUGUCCACGCUUCAAAAGGGGAGAGUGCCCAGCUGUCGGUGCAGUGGUCAUGGGAAGCGGUGCUUACGCUGAUGCAGUGCCUCAAAGAUCCUUACGAGGCCAACAAGACAUCAGUGCUCCAGGUGCUUCUCGCUGUUUUGCCUGGAAUGCAGGGGAGACCUCAGGAUGAGGGCUGGAUUGAAGAACUCCUGUUGGCAACUGUGGCACUAACAAAAAGUGCCCGGCCUCCGGAUUCAGUCACAGCUGCAUACUUCCUCGAUCUCAUCUCCACGCUGAACCUGACUGCAAAAGUCUCGCAAAAGCUGUGCAAUUCACUCAUUGGGCUGUCUCCAUUGCUUGGAACUGCCAAAAAGCUGCGGAAAAGCCCGGACGAAGACGAAGGUGUCUUCUGGACGACAUUCCUGGUUCUGUCUGAGCUGGAAAGCCAGUUGAAGGUGGCCAAGAAGAACCUCCUUGAAGCUUCGUCAACUGGUCCGUUAUAUGGUGCUCUGAUCUCACUUCGUGCUCUUCUGAGGAAAGUCAAUUGGAAGCAAUUGGCAAAGGAAAAUGUGGCUUCCUGGAAAGCAGUUUUGUGCCAGUCAAUGCAGGUAGCAUUUGAAGUGGCUACUGUGGUCGGACCAGUAGUGAGCAAUGCAUCUCCCGAAGGUCAGCUGGACAUUGCUGGAGAUCCAGGUCUUCUGGAGCAAAUGCAAGUUGCGCUGCAAAAAGGUCUGGGUCGCAGGUUUGAGCUGGCCCCUGAGGAUGGUGACGGGCCAGCUGUGGAUGUCGUGAAGAGCACCGCUGUGGUGGCGCAAAUGUUGCUGCUCUGUGGCUGGCGUGCACACCGUGAGGUGUCCCUCUUCUUUGGUGAGAUCUGCGAGACGUGCCCACUGGAAGCUGGACCUGCCAAUGCAGGAGUUUGCCUGUUGUUGAAGCAGGUGCUAUCCAUCGGUGACUUCUUCAUGGAGCAGAUGUCGACAGUGAGGCAUCGCGGAGCCUUUGAGCAAGCCUACACUGCUUUCCAAAAGCUCUGCCACAUGCUUUGGAGGUGCAAACACCCAGAGUUGGCGAAGCUUCCUUCUACCUGGCUUGGGAACAUCAUGGCGGUCAUCAAAGAGAAAGGUGUCUGUGCCACACGCCGGAGUGCUGGCAUUCCCUUUAUGGUUCAGGCCAUCUUAGUGUCGGAGCCGGAGGUGCGUGCACUGGCAACAUUCCAUCGAGCCAUCAGAGAACUUCUUGUGCUGGCGACCAUGGACACUGAGGCAUCAGUUGAACCAAAGGUUCAUGCUAUGAAUGUGCUACGAGCACUGUUUCGAGAAGCAAGGCUUGGGGAUGCAGUGAUGCCAUAUGCUGCUGACGGCAUUCAGGUGGCUAUUAUUGGGUUUGAAUCCAAGAUUUGGUCUGUGAGGAACUCUGCAACUCUACUCUUCAGCACGCUGAUGACCCGCAUCUUUGGCGUCAACCGUAGCCGUGAGGAGACGCAGAGGAAGAACUGCCUGACAGGCCAUGUCUUCUUCUUGCGCUUUCCACCGCUCUUUCGUUUUCUCCUGCAAGAGCUGUCCAAGUCGGCCACCUACUCACGCGAUCUGGUUCUGUCAUCCAAUGCAUUUCCUGUGCUGCUGCUGUUGGCACGUCUGUUCCCGUCUGUGGUGGAAGGCAGCUUUCGGCUGGAGGACUUUGUGCCGCAUGUCGCACGGUGCGCCCGCAGCCCCGUGUGGAAGGUGCGUGCCCUGGCAGCUCGUGCGCUCGUGCCACUGGUGGCGCCUUCUGCACGACGCACCCUGCUACUGCAACUCAUUUCAACCCUGCCUGGAGCUGCCGACCAAUGUGUCAGCCACAAUGCCGUCCAUGGAACGCUUCUCCAGGUGCUGCAAGUGAUUGGCUACACAAGGCAGUCUUGUAUGGAGCCAUCGUUCGUCGCCCUGUUCUCAGCCAAGCUGGAAGAAAAAGUCUGGCUAGCCAGCUCGGCGAACAAGUGCUUUGUGUCAAGGGCAGCGUACUUGGACGUCAUCUUGUCCUGGCUGCAAUGUCUCUCAGAUCCCAGCCAGUUGGGUACACUGCCAUACAAACUUAUAGCAGCCGUGCUGCUGGAAGACCCAUCGGACCAGAGACACUCUGGUAGCCUCAGGAAGGAACCGGGACAGGAGUUUCUUAUUACGACACGCCAGGACUUCCUCCUCGAACUGGGCCUGCGCUGGCCGGACCUAUUCCCUGGACCGGAUGGAUACUUUGGCUUUGUGCUCAGGUCACUGUCUUCCAUGUCACUUGAGGCCCGUUGGAUGACACUGCAGUUUGUGAGGCGUACAUCAGUCGCGCAACUAUGCAGCAGCUGCUGCUUGGCUGCUGGAAAUGACAUCGACCGGAUGGCUCAGCAGGUUCUCAACCGUGUCAUCCGCACAGUCUGUGAUGGGCCUGGAGAGCACCAGCAGUACAUGGCGUGCUUUGCAGAGGCUUGUUCAGUGCUUACAGCCUGUAAUGGCCCUCACUUGGAGAAGCUCGACUGGCAGGGGCGAUCAACAUUUGAAGAUGUGCUCUCCUAUCUUCUUGACUGGUAUGAAAACAUAAAAAAUGAGCAGACGAAACGCUCUCUUCUGGAACUUAUAUGCAGUGUUGCUGAGCAACUGGUUACCUUGAAAAAUCAGGACCUGUGGAAACACCCAAUUGUGCUACGCUGGAUCCUACAACUGCUCGAAUUGUCAGAGCCAACUGAGGACCUGUCUAGGAGGCUUAUGGCAAGCGGUGCCAUGUCUGCUCUUGCACAAGUCAUCGUUUCAGCGUACCAGUCUGGUGGUACCAUUGUGUCGUUCUGGUGGGCACUUGUCAACUUCCUUCAGGACGAUGAGUCUGGCGUGAGAGAUGGCGGUGUGAAGGCUGUCACCAAGCUUGUCACGCUGCUGAAUGAACCAGGGUUUCCUGUAGACUCACUUUUGGAGAAGACCCCACUUCAUCUGGCCCUGUGCCUUUUUUCAUGUCUCUGCGAGCCGGCUCUUGCUGUGCCUAGUCUGGUCAGCUGGAUGUUGGCUAGUCAGAUGCCAGCUCUCGACGCUGAGAAUGAUGAGCAGCCGUUUGACAAGGGGGAAUUGAAUACCUUUGCUGAGGAAGUUUUCCUGACCGACAUCUGUGCUGACCUGUUGUUUAGUGCAACAUGCGAGUUGGCCACAACCACGGUGUUUGCUUCUACGGACUUCUUUGAUGUAUGCUUUGAUGAAGAGGAAAUGGGACCAAUCAUGUUGAGCAUUGAUGAUCUGUAUCGGUACAGCAUUCGCAACAUCCGCCGGGAUGGAUCCGAGGCUGUCGAUAACUGGGCAGCGUUGCUCUUGAACCGCCACGUAGAUCCUGUGUUGAUUCGUGUCUACCAAAAUGUCCGUGUGGCUGUUGCUUUGAAAAAUAAGGUCAGCAAGGAGCAAUUUGAUGGUUCCUCGCAAGUUGUGUUGAACGUCCUGACGGCCUUCAAGGCAAGCGGAAGCCAAACUAUGUUUAUCUCCAAGGUUGUUGAACAGCUGAGGUGCCUACUAGAAAAAUAACAUGUUUAGAUUGUGUGAAAUGUCUGCUGGACAUUGGUUGACUGUUGUCAUAGCUCUGGCCAUCCAGGGUCAUGUCAACAGUUCUGGCUUGUGUUAAGCAAGAUUCUGUUAAGUGUUCAAAACUUUGCAGUCCUCAAGAUCGGCUGGAAAAUUAUUACCUGAUUUUGGCGCUCGACUGAAUCGAGAAACCGUGUAAGCACUUUGUGUACGUCACAAACACUUUCAUUCUGUUUUCACCUUUCCUUGGGCAAUGCCUAUUGGUACAUAAUUUGAAGGAGAAACCUUAAAAUUGCUUGUGAUAACUUCUGCAGAGGAUGUGUUCUUUUAUCGCCUGUUGAAGUUGUAUACCAAAGAGUCCACUAUUGAAUUUGGUUGAAGUUAGAAGAAAGUUUCGUGCUCAGACAUCUGCCACAAAAUGGUUUCAUGCUGUCGUUCUUUAUAGCACGUACCAAAAGCUGAUGUUUUUUGGAAGAAGUCUUUACAAAGGAUAGGAAUUGGAAGAGCGAAAUCAGCUGCUACUAGUGUUCUCUAUUUAUAGCUCACAUCAUUACUCCAAAUAAAUUCACUUGCACUAGGA